GAUGGUAGCUGCGAAAGUUCAUAGGGCGAAAGUUAAGAAAUUAGCGACUAAGGGAAAGAAAAAAAAGGUAAGUACUAGUUUAAACUUUUAUCUUGGAAGUACACCCACAGAUUCUUUUUCCAAAGAUCUUGUUGGAGGGACGCCUGUUGGGAAUAAUAAUAAUAAAGUCAUAUUAAUAGAAAGAAUUCUUCAAUCAAGUAAAGAAAAAGAAAUGAUAAACGAAGAGCCGGAGUGGAUUGACGCGGACUGUUGCCGCAAAUCUUCUCAAUUCAAAGGGAAAAAGGAUAAUAAGGCAACCAUUCAGUUGAAGCCUAAGUCCCUUAACAUUGAGAGUGUACAGCAGCUUGUGUUACACGUUUUGACUGAUGGGCCUUUAAAUUUUUUAACUAAUAAAUUCCUUAUUAAAAAAGUUGUGGUGCUCAACGCAGAUGGGAUCUCAUUUUCAGAGUUAAACGAAAUUGAGCCAAGCUUAAAUAAUUUAAAUUAUAUCUUUGAACAGAAAAUUUCUUUACAGUUUGCUGGCUCAAAAUAUUCUGUACAAUCCGUUCCCGCCUCACUGUUGUAUGUCGAGAAUAAAGAUUCUCUUAAAAACUAUAAUAAUAAUAACAACCAACUUUCUAAACUUUUAUUAACGAGAGAAAUUCUUUCUGAAGAAAAUUUUCCUGCAUUCCAUCCUGGUUGGUGUGGAGAAUUUAAUGAUGUUUUGUUGAAUCCCGUUACUAGUGAAACUUUUAUAUCGCUAUCAGGGUCCCAAGAUUUAGAUACGCAAUGUGAGGAAAACGCACCGUUGUUUUCAUUGGAUUGUGAAAUGUGUCUUACGACUGCUGGAAGGGAAGUAUCACGUGUGACUAUUAUAGAUCAAGAAGCUUCAAUUGUAUUGGACGAACUGGUCCGUCCCGCUAAUCCUAUCGUCGAUUAUUUAACAAAAUUUAGCGGUAUUACGUUUGAAAUGAUGGAGACCUGCUCCACCAAACUCACCGAUAUUCAUACACUUUUGAAGGAGAAAAUACCUCCCCAUGCGAUACUUGUAGGCCAUUCUCUCUAUCACGAUUUGACCUGUUUAAAAUUAGUACACGGACGUAUAAUAGAUACAUCUAUUAUUUAUCCGCAUCCUCUGGGCAAACCCUUUACGCAGAGUCUGAAGUUUCUUGCUCACAAGUACUUGGACCGCGUGAUUCAAGAGUCUGAAUUGGGCCACUGCAGUUAUGAAGAUUCUCGUGCUUGUCUUGACUUGGUUGCUUUGAAACUACAAAAAGGCCACGAGCUUGAAAUAUCUGGAAAAAUGAAAGAAAGUAUAUAUACAACUUUGUACAGGCAUUCAAAAAGGGGAUUAGUCAUUGCAAAGGAGAACGUAAUAUUAAGACAUGCGCUGGCGAAUAAAGUUUUAUGGAAAUCUAACAAGCAAGCUAUUAAAGCAACUAUAAAGGCGCUUAAACAUAAAGAAGAGUUCAUAUAUACUCAUCUGUACUACACAAAGAACUCUGCAAGCCCUUCAAAAAUGAACUUGCGAGGAACUCUGCAGCAGCUCGACUCGUGUGUCGCAAAUGUUUAUAGAAAUCUCGCAGAAGGUGGUUUGCUUAUCCUGCUAGUCGGCCCCGCAGACCUCGCCCCUUUGGAAGAGGAUCGGAAAAAAAGAAGUAUGCAUAGAAAGGGGCUUUCCUCGUGGUCAGCAGGGGAAGAAAGCAAUUUUGUGGAAAAGAUCAGUUCUGCACGGAAGGGAUAUUUUUUUGCGGCUGUGAAAUAA